ACACUCAAUCGCACGCACAGUACAAGUAACAGCACGCUUCUUUCCUUUUCUUGCUACAUUUCCUUCGUCAGAUCUCCAUUUUUUUUUUCUUGCUUUCGAUCGCCAUGCCCAAUUAGAUCCGUUUCUGCGUGAUUUUUGUUUGGCAUUCUGCAAAUCCUGCCGAAUCAGAGCGGAAUCGAAGGAGACGAAGCGACGACGAGAACUACAAUCUCAUCUCCAUCUCUUCACUUUGGUGGCAUAGCUGGUUAUUGAGUAAUGGAUAGCUCGCAAAAGAAGGGGAUGGUUCCCGUCUCACCCUCCCAUACUCCAAGAUCCACUGAGAAAAUUGGGAGAGAUCUCCGGUCGGCUGAGGGGAAUGGGAAUGCCAGUGGCAAGUUUGACAAGGAAAAGGGGGUAAAUGUUCAAGUCAUACUUAGAUGCAGACCUUUAAGUGAGGAGGAGAUGAGGAUGAACACUCCCAUAGUCAUAUCCUGCAAUGAGUACCGAAGAGAAGUUGCAGCUGUUCAGAAUAUUGCUAACAAACAAAUAGACAGGACAUUUGUGUUUGAUAAGGUCUUCGGCCCGGCAUCCAAGCAAAAGGAUUUGUUUGACCAAGCUAUUUCCCCAAUAGUUAAUGAAGUGCUUGAGGGCUACAAUUGUACAAUUUUUGCUUACGGGCAAACUGGUACAGGUAAAACGUACACCAUGGAAGGAGGAAGCAAGGCAAAGAAUGGCGAGUUCCCAAGUGAUGCCGGAGUUAUCCCUAGAGCAGUUCGGCAGAUAUUCAACAUACUUGAAGCUCAGUGUGCUGAAUACAGCAUGAAAGUGACAUUUCUUGAACUAUACAAUGAGGAGAUAACUGAUCUUUUGACGUUAGAUGACUCUAAAUUUUCUGAUGACAAAUCCAAGAAGCCUAUUGCUCUCAUGGAAGAUGGGAAGGGAGGUGUCUUUGUUAGAGGGCUAGAAGAAGAGGUGGUGUAUACCGCUAGUGAAAUCUACAAAAUUUUAGAUAAAGGAUCUACAAAAAGGCGUACUGCAGAAACUCUACUCAACAAGCAAAGCAGUAGAUCUCACUCAAUAUUUUCCAUCACAAUUCACAUUAAGGAAUACACUCAUGAAGGAGAAGAGAUGAUUAAAUGUGGAAAGCUUAAUCUUGUGGAUCUUGCUGGUUCAGAGAAUAUUUCCAGAUCUGGUGCCAGAGACGGUAGAGCAAGGGAGGCAGGAGAGAUAAAUAAAAGUUUGCUCACCCUUGGUCGUGUUAUUAAUGCUCUUGUUGAACACUCUGGUCAUAUUCCUUACAGAGACAGCAAAUUAACAAGAUUGCUAAGAGACUCUCUGGGAGGCAAGACAAAAACCUGCAUCAUUGCCACCAUAUCGCCUUCCAUCCAUUGUUUGGAAGAGACACUCAGUACCUUAGACUAUGCACACAGGGCAAAAAAUAUAAAGAACAGACCUGAGGUUAAUCAAAAAAUGUUGAAAUCUGCUGUGAUCAAGGACUUGUACACAGAAAUUGACCGUCUUAAACAAGAGGUAUUUGCUGCAAGAGAGAAGAACGGCAUUUACAUCCCAAAGGAUCGAUUCUUGCUGGAAGAAGCUGAGAAGAAGGCCAUGGCCGAGAAAAUAGAGCAUUUGGAGCUUGAUUUAGAUUUAAAAGACAAGAAACUAGUUGGGCUUCAAGAACUUUAUAAUAGUCAGCAAUUGCUCAAUGCAGAAUUAAGUGAGAACCUUAAGCAAACUCAGAAAAAACUGGAAGAAACUGAGCAUUCACUGUUCGACAUAGAAGAAAGAUAUAGACAGGCAACUUCAAAGAUAAAAGAAAAGGAAUUUUUUAUCUCAAAUCUUCUCCAAUCAGAAAAAUUACUCGUUGAGCGUGCACAUGAACUUCGGUCAGAGCUAGAAAGUGCGACUGUGGAUAUCUCUGGAUUAUUUUCUAAAAUAGAGAGGAAAGAUAAGAUAGAAGAUGGAAAUAGGAUACUCGUCCAGAAAUUUCAGUCGCAAUUGACCCAGCAGCUGGAGAUUUUGCAUAAAACUGUCUCAGUUUCCGUGAUGCAGCAGGAGACCCAACUUAAAGGAGUGGGAGAAGACAUGCAAAUAUUUGUCUCUAUAAAGGCUGAGGCCACCAAGGGAGUCCGAGGUCAUGUUGAAAGGCUGAAGGCCCUGUACGGUUCUGGAAUCAAAGCUUUGGAUGAUUUGUCUGGUGAACUUGACAAAAAUUCGCUCUCAACAUUUGGAAUAUUAAAUUCUCAAGUGCAAAUGCACUCUUCUACGCUUGAGGACUGCUUCAAAGGCAUUUCUUUGGAGGCUGAUCAGCUCCUUCAUGAACUUCAAGUGAGCCUCUCCGAACAAGAGGAUAAGUUAGUGGUAUUUGCACAACAGCAGCGUGAGGCCCAUCUCAGAGCUGUGGAGGCAACAAGGGAUAUUUCAAGAAUUGCAUCGAACUUUUUUGACACCCUUGAUAUUCAUGCUUCAUCACUGACUAAGAUUUUUAAUGAAUCACAAACUAUGCAAGACAAGCAACUCUUGGAGCUUGAGAAGAAAUUUGAGGAAUGCGCUGCUAAUGAGGAAAAACAAAUGCUUGAAAAAGUAGCAGAGAUGCUUGCAAGCUCAAGUGCCCGAAAGACAAUGCUGGUUCAAGCAGCAGUUGAUAAUCUUCGUGCAAGUGCUGCGCAGAGAACAAGUUGUCUAGAAAAGGAAAUGUCGACUGCUCAUAAUUCUUCUUCAUCGGUGAAAGAACAAUGGAAAACUCAUAUGGAAGACACUGAAGCUCAUUAUGUGGAGGACAUUGCGGCUAUUGAAACUGGAAAGCUUGAAUUAGAUGACGGUUUUAGGAACUGCAUGGAGAAGGCAAAAUUGAGUUCAAAGCAAUGGAAAUUGGCUCAAAGUUCUUUGCUAAACCUUGAUAAAGGAAACAUGACAUCACUAGAUUCUAUACUCAGGAAUGGGCUUGAAGCCAACCAACGAAUACACAGUCAAUUGUCCAUCGCUGCCUCAGCAACACUUGAAGAUGUAGAGACUGCAAACAAGGAUCUUCAUUCCUCAAUUGAAUGUUCACUGAAACUCGAUCAUGAAGCAUGUGAAGACGUUAACUCCAUGCUUUUAUCAUGCCGCGAGGAGCUAAGGGAACUGAGGAGCGGACAUUGCCACAAGAUUGUGGAGAUCACAGAAAACACAGGAAAAUGCUUUGAAGAAGAAUACAUGGUGGAUAUGCCAUCAUGUUCCACGCCAAGGAGGCGAUCAAUUAAUCUGCCAGGUAUCGCAUUCAUUGAGGAGCUCAGAACACCCGCAUUUGAAGAACUACUGCAAUCAUUUUGGGCAGAAAAAUCUGCUCCCAAGGAGAUAAAUGAGGAUUUAAGACAAUGCACAAGUCUCAGUUAAGAGUUUAAAGCCCAAAAAAUUGAAGCCAAUGACGGUAUAUAGGAUGUAGUUGGCAAUGCUGUACAUAGUAUAAUUGAUGAGGCGUUUAGUCAUUCAUAUCCUCUCCGUUUCAUUCUUUGCCUGAUUUGUCAAGGUAUUAUAGAGAUUUCUGAACAAACUAUGGGGCAGUUUAUUCUAGAGCAUGAUAGCAUAAAGUACAAAAAAUCCAUACAGGUUCUAGUUUUUUUUUCCUUCGGUUCGUUCCUUGUUGGAUUGUACGCUAAAUACCAGUGUUGUCCCGUCUUUGUAUCAUUUUAUCUACCACUUGUCUGCAC